AUGGGCUGGUUCGGCGGCAGUAGCCCUUCGAAAGUCACAACAGUAUCUGAAUAUAAAGAAGAGCCUAAGAAACAACAGUUCUUGGAAGACUUACCGCCUAAAUUUGAGGACACAGGUUCGUCAAUAGAGCGUUCGCCUACGUAUAUGGAUGCUCUUUAUCAACUUCAGCUCUCCGAUUUUACGAUUGAAAAAUUCACAACCAUGCCAUGCUUCAGAGAAGCCAUGAUGACAGGCUUCGAGGCAAUGGGUGUUCUAGGUGUCGUCACUUUUUUGAUACACAAGAAUCCAAGCAGGGCAAUGAACUGGGGCAUAUGUGGUUUCUUUUUAGGUAAUGUAGUUGGCUGGGAACAAUGCAGAUCCAUCAGGCGAAAGUCUUUCCAAACUGUGGAACAAGCUAGGAAAAAGAACCAGGAUAAGAUAAUGAAGCAGAGAACAAAGGAUGGAUCAGACGGAACCCAGCAAGAUCGUUAG